AAACAUUGUCAGAAAUGAUUAAAUUGUAAAAAGUCUCAACUGAGCUGGCAUCUUUCUUGCCACCAUACACUUACUAUAAGUAUAUAUUAGAAAGGGAAUAUACUAUUAGAAAGGGAGUACUGCCAUAUCCUUAGCACCAUCCCAUAGGUGCCAUUUUAGAUAUGAAAUUUAGCUUAGAGUCUAUUCGGAAAGAGAAGAAUAGUGAAACAUAUAAAAAAUAACUACAAAUGUAUUUUACAUGACUGAAACCAUUUUUUUAUUUUUUGUUACAAUUUAAAUUCUUUAAGUAAUAUUUUACAGGCGUUUAGAAAUUUACAACAUGAACUGGUCCAUGGAUGAGGGCCUAGACAACAUGAUCAUCAGUGGAGCCCUGUACGGAGUGCCUAUUGCUGUGGUGCGGGACCGGAAGCAGUUUGGCAGGAUUGCAACCACUGCCAAACCUGUCAUAACAAUUUACAACUGUGUAGGGAAUGUUAUAUCAAAGAUUUUGUGGAACAGCGGAGUCCUGGUCCACAUGGGCUGGUCGGACGGGGAGCAGCUGCUGUGUGUGCAGGAGAGCGGAGAUGUGCUCGUUUAUGACAUGUUUGGCGCCUACCAGAAGACAUUCAAUAUGGGGCAAGAAAUUAGGGACACUAAGGUCAGCAAAGCACAGCUGUUCCCAAAUAGGACUGGCUCUAACACCAACCGCUGA